GACAUCAGCUCUCUGUGGCACACCUCAGAGAUGUGGGAAGAUUUACAAGAGGUCUGAAACCACAUCAUAAAAAAAGUGAACGUUGUUGGAAUGCUGCAUCAAUUCUGGGAACAAAAACAGGUGCACAGUGGCACAAUCGAGACAGAGAACCUAGUAGUUUAUGAAUCCAUUCCCUCACUAAGACCUCCAUUUAUCUGCUAUGUCACCUUACCAGGAGGGAGCUGCUUUGGCAACUACAAGUAUUGCUACACAAAGGCAGAAGCCAGGCGUGAUGCAGCUCGUAUUGCUCUGAUGAACUCAACAUUCAACGAUUUGCCCUGUCGUCGUAUCACUCCAGAAUUCAUCACCCACAGCAUAGACGAGGCUGUCACCACCACCAGAGGUAACAUGGAGGAUGCCUUAGACCCAAGCACCAGUUUAGGAGCUUAUUAUCUCAUGCUGAAAUCCAACACAGGAAAAACCAUGCUGGAAUUUCAGGAAUUAAUGACAGUGUUUCAGCUGUUACACUGGAAUGAGACACUGAAGGCUUUUCGGGAGAGGAGAUGUAGUCAGCAGGAGGUGAUCAGCUACUACUCUGAGAAACGGCUGGAUGAGUGUAUGCGUAGUCAUAUGGCUCUGGACUGGCUGCAGAGGGAGAGGAAGAGGCCAGGUCUUCUCUCGCAUGAGCUGCAGCUAGCCCUCAGAGAGCUAGCCCAGGCUCGGCAGGCUGGCCGAGAGCUCCGCUUCUACAAGGAGAAGAAGGAGAUCCUCAGCCUCGCACUCAGUCAGGCCUCCACUGAGGAACUACAGGCCUACUGUGAGGAGGAAGGAGAAGAAGAAGAGUGCUGGAGAAAAGGAGAAACUGCGUUGGCGUAUCUGACGUGUGGGGGCCACUGUCUGGAGAGUAGCAUGGCGAAUCCAUUAGAACCUUGCGAGUUUUAUUACCUGGAGAGUGGGAGUGACAGAGAGUCAUGGGGCUGAAAUGUGUGUGUGUGUGUGUGUUUAUAUCUUGGUAUAUCUCCAUGAGGAUAAGAAUAUCUAACAGUUUUGAAAAGGGAGAAGGGAAGAGUGAAGGGAAGAAAGGAGCCUGUAUGUUUAUAUUUUCUACUCCUUUGUAGAGUUCUUU